AUGUCACUACAUGCAGAAUCAGCCUCAGUUGCCCCCUUUUGGAUCAUGUUGGAGUCUAACCUGCAGUCACACUCUCAAAGAGUUGGUGCUGAGUGUCAUUAUGAGAUGUCGUCUCCAAGCGCCUCCUUCGUGCAAAUCAGGUUCAAUGACAUCCACUUCUAUGAGAACUGUGGCGGCGGCAGCUUUGGGAGUGUGUACCGAGCCAGGUGGAUCUCCCAGGACAAAGAGGUGGCGGUGAAGAAACUGCUCAAGAUUGAAAACGAGGCUGAAAUCCUCAGUGUCCUCAGCCACCGUAACAUCAUCCAAUUUUAUGGUGCGAUUGUUGAGGCUCCCAACUAUGGAAUCGUCACCGAGUAUGCGAGUGGUGGAUCAUUGUAUGAUUACCUGUCCAGUGAUGAGAGUGAGGAAAUGGACAUGGGGCAGAUCAUGACAUGGGCUGCAGAGAUAGCCAGAGGAAUGCAUUAUUUACAUUCAGAAGCCCCCGUUAAGGUGAUCCACAGAGACCUAAAGUCCAGGAAUGUUGUUGUGGCAGCAGACAAGGUUCUCAAGAUCUGUGAUUUUGGGGCAUCCAAGUUCCUGACUCACACAACACACAUGUCCUUGGUGGGCACGUUUCCCUGGAUGGCUCCGGAGGUGAUUCAGAGCCUGCCUGUGUCUGAGACUUGUGACACCUUCUCCUAUGGUGUGGUGCUUUGGGAAAUGCUCACCCGUGAGAUACCUUUCAAAGGCCUGGAAGGUUUACAAGUGGCCUGGCUCGUGGUGGAGAAAAACGAGAGGUUAACUAUCCCGAGUGGCUGUCCUGCCAGCUUUGCUGAGCUCAUGAGGAACUGCUGGGCAACAGAGCCAAAAGAAAGGCCAGUGUUCAAGCAGAUCCUCUCUACUUUGGAGUCCAUGUCUAAUGACAGCCAACUUCCUCAACAGUGCAACUCUUUCCUUCACAACAAGGCUGAAUGGAGGUGUGAGAUUGAAGCUACACUUGAGAGACUUAAGAAGCUGGAGAGAGACCUGAGUACCAAAGAGCAGGAGCUGAAGGAGCGAGAGCGCCGUCUAAAGAUGUGGGAGCGCAAACUCAUCGAACAGUCCAACAGCCCGUUGCUGCCCACCCUUGACAUAUAUACAUGGACAGAGGAGCAUGUGUAUUUCUGGAUGCAGCAAAUAUUUGGCGCAGGAGAGGGUCCAUGUGGCAUGCAGCUGUAUGCUGACCUGUUUAAAGAAAAUCACAUCACUGGAAAGAGGUUGCUAUUGCUCACAGAAAACGACAUGCGGGACAUGGGGGUCAAAUCCAAAGGUCACGUCAUGCACCUCAAGGGAGAAAUUGAAAAGCUAACGAAUGAGUACCUCGGGUUUGUCCACUUCCCACCUCUGUUGAAGGAUGAGCUGGAAAAGGAGGUGCAGAAGAGUAAAACUGUGAAUCUGGAGCUGGUCUUUGGGUACCACUGGAAACCAGGAACUGGGAAAUCUGACUGCAAAUGGAAAAUGUACAUGGAACUUGAUGGAGAUGACGUUGCAGUAACCUACAUCAAAGACGUCAUCUUCAAUGCCAACCGACAGGACGUGGAAAUCCUGCGGAUGACUAAGCCACCUUUUUUGAUGGACAAAUGGAUCGUUGGAUUACUGCAGGACCAGAAAGUGGACUACACAGUCAAUUAUGAGAAUGAUGUUAAGUCACCAAAGUCUACCAGACACAGCUGUCCAGUGAUGUGGAGUCACAGUGGUGGCCAAGAUGAGAUCAAGACUGUGGAGCUGGUCAUCGAAACUACACCAGCUAACAUCGACUGGAGCCCCAUGGACAAGUCUAAUGCUGAUAUUGAUCCCACAUGGAUGUGGAAUGUAAGGCGGAGGCAGUUGAUGAACGAGAAAUCCCUGCAGACGACUGCUGCUCUGACUGCCUUCACUAGCUCUGACGCCCGCACUCUGCCUCAGUUCCUGUCUGCACAUGAAAGCCAUGGGUUUUCUUAUGCUGCAGCUGUGCGUCGCUCUCCAAACCGUGCCCAUGGAACUCCUUGGAUUGACUCACGCAGCUCCUCGCCAACUACCAGCCUGUCGGCCAAACUCUCCUCGCUUCAUCUUGGGUCAAAGGGCAGCAGCCCUUCCAGCACUACGUCAGAGAGCGCAUCAGAGAGGGAGCGAGAGCGCCCACUCAGUGCUGGAGCAGUGCAUGACCACCACAGAAACCGCUACUUGGGCAACACAUUAGCUGUGGGAGGGGGGCAGGGUAGGGGGCAUGCAUGGACCAAUACUAGAGGUAACUAUAUUAAUAAUAAAACCAGCAAAACCUCACGACAGCCAGCGAGGCCAUGGUCCAACAGUUACAGUUACACACCACAGAACCGCCCCUCCACGAUACCAGGUAUAUUGUCUGUGACAGAAAACCCCAGUGAGGAGAAAGAAGGGGCCAAAGCCAGCGAUGGAGGGUGGAUCAAAGUGGAGCGACAGAAAAGAUUACCACGUCAGGACAAUAAACAAGUCAGAGGUCGACAGAGGAAAGGGGGAAGGGGAGGUCGCGGUGCUGGUGGAAGAACUUAAUGUGGGCCACACAUGAACUGACAGCUUCUUAACAUGCGCUGAAAAGGUUUUUACAUUAUGCAUUAUGUCUGCUUACAUGCUCACAAAUGAACUGCUUGUUUUAAGAGAAUCACACUGAUGCCUAUGAUGUGUAUAUGAAUGAACAUAAGGUUUUAUUUUUUUUAAACUGGCUGCUGUCAGGUUAAUAUAAAUGCUUUAUUGUUUUAUUAUUAUAAAAAUGGAAAAAUCAUCCUUGUUCUUCACUUUCUUCUUUCAAUUUAAUAUCAGGUAGCAACCAGCGUUAUGGUUGCAUAAUUUAUUUUAUUUUAUUUAUCAGCCCAGUUUCUCUCAAGUAAUCAAAUAAACUGUUAUAACACCCUUA